GAAUAUAUUCCGACAUUAUAAAUUUCAUGUAUUGUGCAAUAUGAGCAAUUCUCAGUAAAUUAUUUGCAUUUAUUCUUUAUUUUACAGCAUUUUAUAUUAGUCAAGGGACCAUCGAAAACGGAAAAAGGAAAAACUCUUAUACAGCAUACAUCAAGCCAAACUUGCAUCGAUCUAAUUUAAGAGUGGUGACUUCAGCACUGGUUACUAAGAUAUUAAUAGAUGAAUUUAAAGAAGCGAAAGGAGUGAGUUACGAAUAUUUUAACGUUACAAAAAUAGUAUACGCUAGAAAAGAAAUAAUCAUCUCUGCCGGAACAGUUAACACUGCAAAACUGCUUAUGCUGUCUGGAAUAGGGCCUCGCCAGCACUUACACGAAUUAGGAAUUCCAGUCGUAGCCGAUUUGCCUGUCGGAAAGAAUUUUCAUGACCAUGUCACCACUUCUGUCAUUUUUACAAUAGAUAAACCAUAUUCUUUACACGCGCUAUCACUCACGCCAAAAGAUAUUACGGACUAUAAAGUUCAUGGAAGAUGUCGUUUGACUUCCUUAGCUGGGGUGGAAGUCUUAGGAUUCUUGAGGACUUCCGUAGAAAAGGAAGGUUGGUCGGAUAUUUUAGUUGCCAUUGCUGCAAAUUCAUUAUUAUCUGAUACAGGUUUGCCUCUUCUUACACCUCAAGUGGGUCUUAGAAAAGAUGUAUACAUCAAUGCAUUUAGCAGGUAUAAAUUCAAACAUACUAUUUCCUGUACCCCAAUUUUUGUACGUCCGAAAAGUCGCGGUAUCGUUAAAUUGAAGUCUGACGAUCCCUUUGAUCAGCCCAUAAUUAAUCCCAACUAUUUUGCCAAAAUAGAAGAUCUCCUGUCUUUGAUAGAAGGUGUGAAAUUCUGCAAAGCCUUCGGGAGGACACAUUCCAUGAGAGAAGUUGGGACGAAGGAAAUUAAAUCUGUAUUCCCUAUGUGUGAUCAUUUCCCUUACAACAGCGACGAAUACUUGGCGUGUGUGUUAAGAGUAUUCACAGGUAGCCUUUACCACGGUAGCGGUACUUGUAAGAUGGGCGAUCCUUACGAUCCUAGGACAGUUGUAGAUCCAAGUCUAAGAGUAAAAGGCAUAAGGAAUUUGAGAGUGGCAGAUUGUUCGGUGAUGCCUACUCUAGUGGCAGGAUUGCCUCAUGCAACGGCUGUCAUAAUUGGAGAAAAGGCAGCGGAUUUAAUUCGUCUUGAACCUUAUAGUUGACCUUUACAGAUUUUAAUUGUUUUAUUCUCCUUUAUUGUUUGCAUGUAAAGUAUACAGAUUAACCUAA